GCGAAGAAAUUUCAGUGCGGGCUGUGUUCGAAGAUGUAUGUCAGCAAGAAAACGCUCAGGCAACACAUCAGGAUACACAUGAAUGAUCGUCGGUACAAAUGCGCGCACUGCGGCGAAGGAUUCGUCCAAAAGACCAGUUUGAGUGGCCACUUGAAAACGAAACACGGAAUAGUGUCGUUAAAUGUGGUCAAGGUAUAAACGAACCGAAAAUUAAUCGACCAGUCUCGGCGGAUGCGAAAAAGAAACCUAACUACAAAAGUAAUACAAGGAAUUGCGAAGAGAUGAAGAAGCACAAACACAACAUAACGGAGAUAUUAAAAUGCUCGAACGCGACUCCUUUGGUGCGCCAUUUGGGAACGGGUUUCGUGUGUGGCUAUUGUUCAGUCCAAUUCCCAGAUCCGGGCAAUCUCAAACGGCAUUGUCUUGAGAAACACCCGAAUAGAACCGAAGCAAUCCUCUGCCCCGGCUACAGGAAUCUAAGCAAAGAGUAUUACGUUAAACUGGACAUAACAAACCUGAAAUGCUCGCUAUGCGAUAACAACAUGGAUUCCCUGAAGCAACUUAUGUCGCAUUUGACGCAAACUCACAGCGUGGUUAUACACACGGACAUAAAGAACCGAAUCGUUCCGUUCAAGUUUGAAGACGACAAACUCUGUUGUUGCAUAUGUCGUAACGAGUAUGCGAAGUUUAAGCUUCUGCAGGAGCACAUGCACAGCCACUACAGGAAUUACGUUUGCGACACGUGCGACGCGGGCUUCGUUAACGAAGGCUCCCUGUCCAGGCACGUGCAGACGCACCGAAUCGGCAUAUUUGCUUGCGAGCGAUGCGAAAAAGUAUACGACACAAUGGCCAAACUGAAGAAUCACCUUAGAUCGGUACACGUAAUGAAGUACCAAACUCACAGAUGCGGCUAUUGUUAUAAGGUGUUCAGUUCGUACGAAUCGAAGAUUGAACAUUUGUCCGCCGAGCACGGUGUAGUAUCGGCCAAAUACCCUUGUCAGGCCUGCGACAGGACUUUUGUUAACAGCAGACAGCUGAGGGUGCACAUUAAGAAAUUUCACAUGCUCGACAGGCCGCAUAAGUGUACGCAUUGCGAGAAAACCUUCUUCUCCAACUGGGCUAUGAAGAGUCACGCCCAAACGCAUAGUCCUAUUAAAAUUGAGUGUAACGUUUGUCAUAAAAUGUAUGCGAGCGCUAAAACCCUGAAAACCCAUAUGAGACUGCACAAGGACAGAUACAAGUGUGAUUUUUGUAGCAAAUCGUUCGCAAUGAAAGGCGCUUUGAAAAAACACCUCCAGAUCAUUCACGACAUCUAAAUCGUUUUAAACGUUUGUGGUUUUGUUUAAUAGUAUUAAAGGUUGUUAUAAAGCAUAAUCCGUAGUGUUGGAGACUGCCAACGCUGCUCUAGCAAGAGCUAGAUGCUAACAUGCCGAACUAUCUAAACCUCAAUUUAAUAUGAAAAAACACCUUAAGACUGCGUUAAAUAAUAAUGUUUA